AUCGAUUAAUCGAACUGUCUAUUUCUUCCGUGAGUCACUUCGCAUCGAACUGUCCAAGUUAGGUGUUGAUGUUGUGAUAUCUUUCGUGGGAAUUAAUUACGUGUGAAUUGAAUAGAAGACUUUAAAUAAUUGCGAAUUUAUUCACUUUGAAGGCGACGAGAAAUCGAGCAAUAUUAUGGUUUGACAGCCUCGAUUUAUUCGACGAUUUAUUUACGUAACAAUGGAUAUAUCAACUCCGACUAGUCUCAACCACAGUGGACUUGCACACAAUGACGGAUUUUUGGGUAUUCCGAUCGAAUCAGCAGCUCUAGACGCUCUGGCGACCAAACGAAGAAGCUCGUCUCGCACGAUAAAACGCAAAAAGUUUGACGACGAGGUGGUGGAAACGACGUUCAAUCUGCAACCACCUGCUACGAGUGCUAAAUCAACGUCGAAGUCGCGAACGAUCUCUGUAUCUGCUGGUCCUAUAGAUGUUCUACCAACGCAAACGCUACCUACCCCGAUACCAAUUCCAACCACCUUGGCACAGUCGGAUAGAUGUAAUCGUAGACCCACUAGACCGAGCGGUUCGAAUCCUGGACGAAAAAAUAAGAAGAAUAAAAAUCACUCGCAUUCUAUCAAUGCUACCAAAGACCUUGGUCGAUGGAAACCUGCUGAUGAUUUGGCAUUGAUUACUGGUGUACAACAAACAAAUGAUCUGAGAAUGGUUCAUCGAGGUACAAAGUUUUCCUGUCGCUUUACGUUGCAAGAGAUACAACAAAGAUGGUACGCGCUGUUGUAUGACAGUGCAGUUUCACGUGUAGCUGUGCAAGCUAUGCGUAAUUUACAUCCUGAAUUGAUAGCUAGUGUGCAAGCGAGAACUUUGUAUAGUAAGGUUGAAGAAGAUUUACUGGGUACCAUUAAAUCAACUUCUCAACCAACGCCAGAAGUAUUUCAAGAAUUGCUUGAAGCAAAUGCACAUACAUUUCCAGCUAGAACUGCGAAAGCGUUACAUAGUCAUUGGCAAUUGAUGAAACAGUAUCAUCUAUUACCAGAUCAAACAGUACAGAGUUUACCAAGAGGUGAACAUGUGUUAAAUUUUUCUGAUGCAGAAGAUAUGAUCAAUGAUACUGAAUUGAUGGAACCGAAAGAUGAAUUGAUAGAUGCUGAAUUAGCAACAACAGAUAGAAAGAGUAAAAGAGAAAUUAAAGUAUUGGAAAACGAGCUUGGGAGAUGGCAGGUACUCGUCGAUAGUGUAACAGGUAUUAAUCCUCCAGAAUUUGACAAUCAAACCUUGGCCAUUCUAAGAGGAAGACUUGUCAGAUAUCUCAUGAGAUCUAGGGAGAUAAGUGUAGGACGUUCUACAAAGGAUCAAACUGUUGAUGUGGAUCUUAGUUUAGAAGGUCCAGCUUGGAAAGUUUCACGUAGACAAGGCACCAUUCGCCUGAGGAAUAAUGGAGACUUCUUUUUAUCAUCCGAAGGAAAACGACCGAUCUUUGUGGAUAGCAGACCAAUUCUAGCUGGCAAUAAAAUGAAGCUGAAUAACAAUAGUGUAAUUGAGAUUGCAGGACUAAGGUUCACAUUUUUAAUAAAUCAAGAACUUAUUUCUGUGAUACGACAAGAGGCUGUCAAAUUAAAUUUAAAUCCUUGAGACGUUUUAAAUAAUACAAAGGACAAUAUCAAGUAAUUGUAGUUUAUAUAAUAUAAUUAGUAUUAAUUGCUUUUCUUAAAUAUCUACUUUUUGCAUUUGACAAUAGCAAAUAUAUACUUUGCAGUACA